GCGCACCAGAGAUUGUCCCGGAAGUACAUCCAUACACGUGUAGCAUUUGACAACCUUGAAAAGACUACAAAACAGAUAUUUAGCUGUUAGCUUAUGUCUGACAACAGACCGUUCCCGCGAUGCCAGUAACAAGACUGCUAUACCCGCUCUACCAGCUUGGCAACCCCCAGCUGAGGAUCUUCAGACCCAACUGGUUCCUGACCCUGGUGAGGCCGGGAAAAGAGCAGCCUCCCGACACUGCCCAGUUUCGCAUCCCAAUGGAAAUGACGAAGUACGACGUAAAGAACUACCUGGAGAAGAUCUAUAACGUCCCUGUGGGAGUGAUCCGUACCAGGAUACAGUAUGGCUCCAACAAGAAGAGGAAUCACCUAAACCAGAGGGUUAAGCAGCCUGACUAUAAAGUAGCCUACGUUCAGCUGGCCCAGGGCCAGACGUUCACCUUCCCCGACAUCUUCCCGGAAAAGGAGAGGGCGCCGGAGGAGGGCUCCAUGGACGAGAUGCAGGAGAAGUUCAUGGAGGACGAGAAGCAGAGGCAAAAACUCGACCCCAGGAGAGGAGGGGUCACGGAGUGGUUCGGACUCUGAGACAGCCCACUGACCGGGAACUCUAUGCGCGUAUGUCUGUGCGUGGGUGUUUCAUUGGGAGCAUCGUGUAUUGAUUUACAACGCGACUGUUGUGAUGUCACUUCUAUUUCUGUAAGAAACACUCAGUAUGUAGUAAAGAAGAAUGAGCAUGUGUGUGGGAGACUGGAGACAUGUGUUUUGUGUGUGUGUGUGUGUGUGUGUGUGUGUGUGUGUGUGUGUGUGUGUGUGUUUGCAAGGCUCCAGUCCAGUAACCCGAGCCAGAACAGAAUCACAGGAGGAGGAGAGUGGCCCAGCUCCAUCUUUCAUGAAACCAGCCCACCGUACAGAAUCUCCAUCACCUCAGAUGACCUUCUCUCCUUCCUCCUCCUACUCUUCGGUCCCACCUCCUUCUCCUUUUACUCCUCCUCUUUGGCACCAGUACCUCAGCAUCUCCUCCUUCUUUGUCUCUCCUCUUCCCUCAGGAGUUUCCCUUCCCUUCUCUUCUGUCUCCUCGUCCCUCUCCUACACUCCUCUUCCUUUACCAUACUGGGGAGUGGUACAGUGUGGUAUCCCUAGUAGCCCUGACUCUCAGCCAGUUGGAUCAGCCUACCUGGACAACCCACAUCCUUUCCUCUUUUAUGAGUUUGCCUUGGAUUAAUUGACCACUUUAGGUAAACAACAAUAGAGAUGUUGUUUCAGCAAAGCAACGACAUGGAAUUUGCCGGAGUGUUUUAUUAUUUUGUGGUAGCACCUCUUGCCAUAACGCUGAGAAAAGAUUGUGCGCAGUGUUUGUGUGAGUGUGUGUUUGCCUAGCAUGCGGGACUCGCCAGCGAAUCUGUCUAAUUGUAAGUGCUGUUGGAAUAAGAACUAAUAAACGGUCACUUGUCCAAAAGUG